AUGCUGGUGACCUAUUUGGAAACCAGCCGGGACCUUUGCGAGACGGACUCAAUUCUAUUUGGCGCCGCACUGGCAGUCUGCCGUAUUAUAGGCGCCAAACUUUCCAUGGAUGGACGUGCUACUGGACAAAGUAGUGCUAUGCCAGCCAGGAGAAUAAGAAUUGAAGAACGUAUCGCAAAGGCUAGGGCCCUCACCGGCAGACUGAUAUGCUUCAGGUCAGGCAAUACCAGGCCAGGCCGUCAGGAUGCCGUUUGCUGGGACAAAUGUUAUUUUGUCCCAGCCGGAUAUAAUGCAAAAACUGACGGAGCGCAUAGACGACCUGAAGCAGAGAAUCGCUGCUUGGGGAAAGCGGAUUCGGCGAUAUACCGAGAGGUCGACACGGUUCAACCAGAAUCAUCUCUUCCAGAGUGA